AAAAAAACUUCCAAGUUUUACGGUACAAUCUCCCUAUCCCUUUUUCCUCUCUUAUCUACUUGUUUGUAACUAACAUUACCUUAACGAAGGUAUAUAUGUUACACCAACUCAAUUAUUGUUAUUAAUUGAUGGUCAAAUAAAUCUAAGACGAUGGCAACGGGGACUUAUGUUCGAUUAACAAAGGAUCAAGAAUCUUCAUUGAAAAAUAUUACUCCUGGCGAGCUUAAUCAACCUAUUGAUGUCCAAAAGCAAUCAUGUGCUAAAUGUGAACAUUGUGGGCAAAAUCUACCUCCAUCAUAUGAACCUCCUGCUGAUGAAGAUUGGGCAACUGGAAUAUUUGGGUGUACAGAAGAUGUUGAUAGUUGUUUGGUUGGGCUAUUUUGCCCUUGUGUUUUGUUUGGACGACACAUGGAGAGUUUGAAUGAUGAAAUUUCAAGCAGAGGAGCUUGUGUUGGUCAUUUAGUGUGCAUUGAAGGUGGGAUUGCUCUUGCUGCACUUACUGCAGCAUUUCAUGGCAUUGAUCCUGAUACUGCAUGCCUUAUUACUGAAGGUCUCCUCUUCUCUUGGUGGGUUUGUGGUAUCUAUACUGGCAUGGCCAGACAAAUGUUGCAAAGAAAAUAUCAUCUUAAGGAUUUACCAUGUGAUCCAUGUAUGGUACAUUGUUGUUUACAUUGGUGUGCAAUGUGUCAAGAACACAGAGAGAUGAAGCUUCAUCUAUCAUGUAAUGAUAAUCCAACAACAACACUUGUAGAUCCACCUCCACUUCAAGAGAUGACCACUACAACUCAAAAUAAUGAUGAUCAGGUUGUAGCUGAUUCUUCUGGCAAAGAAAUUGUACCAUAUGAAGAUUUGGAGAUAGAAUCCCCCUAAA